AUGGUGAGGCUGGCGCUGCCCAACCCUGGCCUGGAGGCCCGGAUCCCGUCGCUGGGCGAGCUGGAGCGCAUUGAGCAGGAGGAGAGCGGCUCGCGGCCCAAGUGGGACAACAAGGCCCAGUACAUGCUGACCUGCGUGGGCUUCUGUGUGGGCCUGGGCAACGUGUGGCGCUUCCCUUACCUGUGCCAGAGCCACGGCGGAGGAGCAUUCAUGAUUCCGUUCCUCAUCCUGCUGGUCCUGGAGGGGAUCCCGCUGCUGUACCUGGAGUUCGCUAUCGGGCAGCGGCUGCGCAAGGGCAGCGUGGGCGUCUGGAGCGCCAUCCACCCGGCCCUCAAGGGCUUAGGCAUCGCGUCCAUGUUCGUGUCCUUCAUGGUGGGCCUCUACUACAACACCAUCAUCGCCUGGGUCAUGUGGUACUUCUUCAACUCCUUCCAGGAACCCCUGCCUUGGAGCCAGUGCCCGCUCAAUGCCAACCAGACAGGUCCCGUGGAGGAGUGCGCCCGCAGCUCGCCCGUGGACUACUUCUGGUACCGCGAGACCCUCAACAUCGCCACCUCCAUCGAGGACUCGGGCUCCGUGCAGUGGUGGAUCCUGCUGGCCCUGACGUGCGCCUGGAGCGUGCUCUACGCCUGCACCAUCCGGGGCAUCGAGACCACCGGGAAGGCCGUGUACAUCACGUCCACGCUGCCCUACGUCGUCCUGACCAUCUUUCUCAUCCGGGGCCUGACGCUGAAGGGAGCCACCAGCGGCAUCGUCUUCCUCUUCACGCCCAACGUCGCGGAGCUGGCCAAGCCGGCCGCCUGGCUGGACGCAGGGGCCCAAGUGUUCUACUCCUUCUCCCUGGCCUUUGGGGGCCUCAUCUCCUUCUCCAGCUACAACUCUGUCCACAAUAACUGCGAGAUGGACUCGGUCAUCGUGUCCGUGAUCAACGGCUUCACGUCCGUGUACGCGGCCACCGUGGUCUACUCCAUCAUUGGCUUCCGGGCCACCGAGCGCUACGACGACUGCUUCAGCGCGAACAUCCUGACGCUCGUCAACGGGUUCGACCUGCCCGAAGGCAACGUGACGCAGGAGAACUUUGCUGAGAUGCAGCAGUGGUGCAACGCCUCCGACCCCGCGGCCUACGCCAAGCUCAGGUUCCAGGCCUGCGACAUGGACACCUUCCUCUCGCAGGGCGUGGAGGGCACCGGGCUGGCCUUCAUCGUCUUCACCGAGGCCAUCACCAAGAUGCCGGUGGCGCCCCUCUGGUCCAUCCUCUUCUUCAUCAUGCUCUUCUGCCUGGGCCUGUCGUCCAUGUUCGGCAACAUGGAGGGUGUGGUCGUGCCCCUGCAGGACCUCAACGUCAUCCCCAAGAAGUGGCCCAAGGAGCUGCUUACAGGCCUCAUCUGCUUGGGGACGUACCUCAUCGCCUUCAUUUUCACACUGAACUCCGGCCAGUACUGGCUGUCUCUCCUGGACAGCUACGCGGGCUCCAUCCCCCUGCUCGUCAUCGCCUUCUUCGAGAUGUUCUCCGUGGUCUAUGUGUACGGCGUGGACAGGUUCAACAGGGACAUCGAGUUCAUGAUCGGCCACAAGCCCAACAUCUUCUGGCAGGUCACGUGGCGAGUGGUGAGCCCCCUGCUGAUGCUUGCUAUCUUCCUGUUCUUCUUCGUGAUCGAGGUCAGGGAGGAGCUGACGUACAACAUCUGGGACCCAGCCUACGAGGAAUUUCCCAAAUCCAAGGAAAUCAAGUACCCAGGCUGGGUGUACGCCGUGGUGGUCCUUGUUGCUGGGGUCCCCUGCCUGGUCAUCCCCGGCUUCGCCAUCUACAAGCUCAUCAGGAACCACUUCCAGAGGCCAGGGGACCAGCGGGCACUCGUCAGCUCGCCGUCCUCGGCCUCAGUGAACGGUGGCCUGUGGUCCUAG